AUAGAUGUUUUCUGUUUGUUUAUAGAUAUGUAUAACUGCACAUAUGAGUCGGUGUCUGUUUUUUGAUGCUGUCAGUCUGUGUUGGUGAUUCCUUGUAUGUGCACACAUAUCUGUUCAAUAAAGUGAUUCUGACUCUGAUACCAGGACUUCAUUCCCCAUUCAUAUGUGUGUUUUCAGACCGGCUCAUGAGUUUGAGAUGGUGACGUUGAGCGAUCAGCUGAUCUGUGCUGCUGACAACCAGGAUGAGCUGCUGAGUCACCUGGUUUAUAUACUGAAGGUGAUUCUGCCAGGGGGCGUGUCUUAUGCCGAGGUGGGCGCGGCUUCUGCAGUCAGUAAAGUGUGUUUGGUUGAGGAGGGCGGAGCCUCGAGUCAUUCUGACGCCUGGCUGCUGCUGUGGGAGGACGGAGUCAGCGUUCAUCCCGUCCACAAACACACACAACAGAGUCUGAGGAUGGAACUGAGCACGCUCAGUCACCAUGAAAUGCAUCCAUCUGAAAACAUCAUCACCUUGGUGACUGCAGACAGCAGGAGCGUGUCGUUGCGUUUCGAGGAGCAGCGCAGCUGUCAGUCGUGGUUCAACCACCUGCAGAGAGCUCUGACCAAUCAGAGAGCAGCUCCACAGCGUCCUGCAGCCAGUCACAGCGCAGCUCGUCAGUCUCUGUACCCGGUGAUGGAUGUGAGGUCGAGGGGUUCGGUACCGCCCGCCAUCGAACGCUGCAUCUCCCACAUCACCAUCCAUGGUCUGAAGGUGGAGGGUGUGUACCGCCGCUGUGGUCUCGCUGUUAAAGUGAACCGAUUAGUGGAGGCUCUGAUGACAUCACCUAGCUCCGCCCCUCUGGAGAGUGAUGAGCAGGGUGUGUUGGACUCCUGCUCUGCCCUCAAACAAUAUGUCCGCCAGCUGGAGAGUCUGAUUCCUGACAGAGAGCAACAGCAGUGGCUGCACGCCGCAGUGAUUUCAGACGAGCGCUCUAGGUUUUCAGCCUACAGACGGUUGCUACGGCAACUUCCUGACGACAACCGAGCAACACUGAACGCGCUGUUUGGACACUUCUACAU